CAGUGUGCAUGUCGCUAUAUGUAUAUAUUCGCUGCCCAAUAAUAUAAUUUAAAGUUCGGCAGAUGAAUCUUUUUUUAAUAAUCAUAUCAAGCAGCUUACUUAGUCAUCAUAAAUUGCAUGUUAAAUUUCUGUUUUAGGUGGAAUUUCUCCAGAUGGGGAGGUGGAUUGGUCACCUGACGAGACUACAACCAGCUGGGUAAACAUGGCGUCUGUCUCUGGAUGUGAAAAUUACAUGUAGCGCUCCUGUCUGUUAAAGGUGUCACUGUCGCACCAGCGUCCCGUUUUACAGCCCAGAACACGGUAACGUGAUGAAGAGGAGGCGAGGAGAGAUGAAGGGGAGAAGGAGAGGAGCGCUUCACUGAUGCUGCUGAAUGUUUUUUCUCCUUGCAUAGCAUGAAUGGUCUGAUGUCUGCCCGGACUCUGAUUGGCGCAGGAUAAUUGCUUUUGUUAACAGAGGCAGUGAUUUGUAUUUCCGUGAAGGUGUUUGCUUUUAUUUUAUCUGACAAAUAUCAAGACUCUUGUUCUGUGGGCUCUCUUCAGCAGGGGCGCAGCUGGAUUUUGGGCCCACCCUGCUCUUGGACCCCCUUUUAAAAAUUAUAUAAUCAGUGUGAUUUUUGUGUGGGGCCCUCUCCCGCUCUUCUAACCUCACUAACAAAUGUGCAGCAGAAUGAUCAUACUGGCUACCCUCCACCGCUGUGCCCUGACUGCUGGUUUAUGACUGGUAACUGUGCUGCGCUGUGUGUUGUGUCUCUCAUGCCUUGCUCAACAACACCACUAUGAUAGGCUCACCUGACGUGGUGGCAUUCACUAAAGACGAUGAGUAUGGGCAGACAACUCCCGACCCGUGGGCUCUGCCCGAGGAGUUCUCUGUCCCUCUCCAUCCGCUUGCUGACUCCAACCCCUGGGCUAAAACCUCUUACGCCAAGUUCACCAAAGACUUCAUCCUCAUCUCUGAGUUCUCUGAGCAGGUGGGCCCUCAGCCGCUCCUCACCAUCCCCGACGACCCCAAAGUCUGUGGCACCUUCGAUCUCAACUACUUCUCCCUGCGCAUCAUGUCAGUGGACUACCAAGCCUCCUUUGUGGGACACCCGCCUGGGAGUGGCUACCCAAGGCUCAGCUUUGUGGAGGACUCGAGGGUGGUGCUGGGUGACUCAAAGGAAGGGGCGUUUGCCUACGUCCAUCACCUCACGCUUUACGACCUGGAGGCGAGGGGCUUUGUUCGACCAUUCUGUAUGGCCUACGUCUCAGCAGACGAAAGGAAGAUCAUGCUGCAGUUUCAGGAGCUGUCCCUGCGCUUCUCACAGGCCUCUGAGUGUCUGAAAGCCGGGAACAGGAGAGCGUUUGCCAAGGAACUCCAGAGGAAGCUCCAAGACCUGGAGUACACUCACUCUGUGCUGCAGAAGGAGGAGGGCCUGCAGAGAGAGGCGAGUCCUCAGUGCAUGUACUCCGCUCAUGCUGUCGAGAAAGCCAACGAGCUUGCGAACGUGGAGAAGAGCAUCUACGAACACAGAGACCUGCUGAGACAGAUCAGCUCCUACCAUCACCGCCCACGCCGUGAUCCUCAUGCUGUCACCUGUCAGAAGUGUGUCACUGAGUGCUUGAGCGAGUGCGAGCAGCUGUUAGAGAAAUACGCCAAGCUUGCCAACCCCUUCAAAUACACUGACAAAAAGGAGAAGGGGGAGGAAGGGCAGGGUCCAGUUGAUGAUGAAGGAGGUGAACAAGAAGUGGAUGAGGAUGAAGAUGAAGUCAUUAAACGCAGGCCCUCCUACACGCCACAGCUGAUCAAAGCCAAGUCCGCGAAGUGUUUUGACAAGCGCCUGAAGACGCUGCAAGAGCUGUGUGACGAUACGUUCUACGAGGCCACUGUUGAGCUCCUGAAGGAGACUGAGAGGAGUUUCCGGGGAGACCUGUGUUACCUGCACACACGCCGCCUGGAGAGGGCACUGUGCAGGAAACAGAGAGUUACCAACUUCCUGUUUGAGGAGGACCUCGGUGAUGAUGAGGAGGACGUAGGGGGAACACUGAGACCAUUCUGUGCUGUGAACCAUGCUGUAGAUAACUUUACACUCUUAAAUCCACCUCCUAUUGUGCUGGGACCAGAACCUCUAGAGCUGCAUGUCCUGGAGCCUCCAGACCCUCUCAACCGUACUCAAGAGAGUGAGCUCGGGAUUGCGGACAAUCUGGAGUCCUCCCCUUCGGACCAGACUCUGGAGACCCAGGAGAGCUCCGAGGAGACCAAAGGAAGCUUCAGCAGCGAUAAGAGCGGGGUGGGUCUUGCCGAGAUCCAACAGAAUCUAUCAAGUAUGAAGUCAGAAGCUCCUGAUCCUGAUUCUGACUUGACCCCUGACCCUGAUCAUAACACUGACCUGGAGAGGGAGAGCAGCAGUGAGGAGAUGGAGACCACUGCUGGGGAUGAUGACGGAGACGAGACACCUGUGUCUUUGCUGGAGGUGGUGUCUGAGCUGGAGGCCAGCAGGGAGGACGAGUGUGAUGGAGUUACUGACGGGGCUUGUGAGGAGGAGUCUGACUUGUUGGUUCCUUUAGAUACAGCAUGCUGUAUGGCCCAAGAGGGUUUCCUUUAUGAGGCUUCUGCCCCGGAGGCGGUGUCUCGUCUUGGCCAAAGCCCCCAGCCGCAGCCCUGUGAAACCCUGGUGGUCAACCAGGAGCCCCAGGCCCUCCUUCCACUACAGGAUGACUACGCGGUGGGUUCUCCCUGCUCAGACAGCCCUGCAGCUGGGCUCGAGCUGCCUGUCGGGCCCCUUGGAGAUGCGGUUUCCCGUACCUCAGUGGAGGAUGGGUCAGACUGUACCAUGAGUGCUUCUACAGGGUCUGAUCGGGCUGCUUCUCCUCUUGGCUAUGGGGGAGUGGUGACCCUGCGUCAGAGGAAGAAGGCUGGACAAGGAGCCUUGAGGUUUGUGCGACAGUACCCCUUUGCGAUGCAAGCUCUGUGGUGUCUGCUGAGCGGCAGGACCCUGGUGGUGCUCGGGGCAGAUGAGGGGAGAGUCCGCAGACUGGUUGCUGCUCUGGCCCUCUUCGUGCCUGGUCCUGGGAAGUGUGGUGAGAGGGUUCAAGCCUGGCUGUCCUGCUCCUUCACCCUUACUGACCUGCAGAGGUGGAAACUCAUUGGAUUGCAAAGAGUAGCCUCCCCUGUGGGCUCCAGCAUGCUUUACUCGCUGUCCCGCUACAGUCGCUACAUCUCCAUCCUGGAUGCCGACCAGAAGACCUUGCGCUGUCCGCCGUAUCGUGGCCAACUCCUCGCCAACAUAGCCGACCACCGCACUUACAUCCGCCGUGGCUCCACCUACUUCCUUCACUUACAGAGCACCCUCUGUCACAUGGCAGCCAGGGCCUUCCUGUUUACCUUCACCCACCACCUCCACCUGCCGGUCAGCCCCACGGACGGGCCCGAGGUCGUGGAGGGCCGACGCCGCUGCUUCCUGCAGGAGCAGCUGGGGCUGGGAGAGGAGGACAGCCAAAUACUGCUCUACCUCAGCCAGCUCAUCACUCAGCAGUACCUACAGCCCGACACCGGGAGCAGUGCAGCAGCACCUUGUUUUAGUUUUAAUUACACUACCAGCGUUUUAUACAAAAUCUGAUACUGGGGCGAGGAUUCCCACAUACGUUUUAGCAAUCAUCUUUGACCCUUUGGUUUUUAAAGGUGAUCUUAUAAAGGUCUACGGCUAUUUUAGUUUCAGGACAAACUCUGCACUGGUUAUUGUUUUAUCUGUGUAAUCUCUCUCUGCCUUGCUGUCUAUUUCUCUGGUCUCUCCCUUUCCUCUGUGCGCAGGAAACAGGAGACAGAGUGAGUUGUGAAUGUCAGUGAGUGGGUUCACUUUGCCUGUGUUUGGUUCACACGUUGACCCUCACAAACACACAUAACAGAGCAGACGAAGGUCGGCUCUGCUUAUUUUCCUUUUAGUCAUUUGUGUGUUUUUCACCUCCACUGAAAAAAAUGUUACCUACAAAGGCUUGUUGAAAGGGAUAGUUCAGAUUUUUUAAAGCAGGGUUGUAAGAGGUACUUAUCCACAGUCAUGUUAUUACCGACAGUAGAUGGCGGUUGGCAGAAGGUAUUUUAGCCACCUAAAAAAAAUAUGUAUCACUUUAAAUGUACAUUAUAUUUAGAAUAUUUUCUCUAUUUGCUCUAUUCAAAGCCACCAAACUCCAUUGAAAAAUACAGUAACUUUAAGUUGCAGAACACAGGAGUAACUGCUUUACUGCUGCUUCAAUCGGUUAGUUUGUUUGUGUUAUUUUGUGACUUUGGAUAAUCCGAACUAACCCUUUAAAACACCAAAGUCACACAAACAAAGUAACUGAUCGAGGCAGCAGUAGACCAGUAACUCCUGUGCUCUGUGAAGUAAAAUCACUUGUUUUGUCAAAAAGGGUCUGGUGGCUUUGAAGAGAGCAUAAAUAAUGGCCUCAGUUCCUUGUCAGAAAUCGCUGUUUAACAGCAAUGUUUAUUAUAUCAAAACCCUGCCCUCAGCCGUACAUACACCGAUCAGCCACAACAUUAAAAUCACAAACAGGUUCACUGGAACAACAUUUAUCAUCUUGUUACAGUACAACGUUCUGCUAGGAAACCUUUGGCCCUGACAUCCAUGUAGAUGUCACCUGACACGCUCCACCCUCUCAAACACCACUGCAGACCAAGUAUGCCCAUUCAUGGCAACAGCAGGCUCUCCCAGCAGGACAGUGUACGUCACACUGCCCAAACUGUUCAGGAUUGGGCUGAGGAAUGUAACAAAGAGCUCAAGACGUCAACCUGGCCUCCAAAUUAGCCAGAUACCGAUCUGAUCGAGCAUCUGUGGGACGUGCUGGUACCCCACCUUGCAACCCACAGGACUCAAAGGAUCUGCAAGCGCCUUGGUGCCAGAUACCACAGAACAACCCCUAGAGGUCCUGUAUCCAUGCCAAUCAGUUUGGGAUCUGGGGAGAUUGGAGGCCAGGUUGACGCCUUGAGCUCUUUGUCACAUUCCUUGGGCCAUUCCUGAGCAGUUUUUGCAGUGUGCUGUGGUGCAUUGUCCAGCUGUGGGGGCCAUUGCCAUAAAGGGGUGUACUUGGUCUGUGGUGGUGUUUGAAAGGAUGGUGUGUAUCAAAUAGCAUCCAUAUGAAUGCUAGGACCAAAGGUUUCCCAGUAGAACAUUGCAUUGUAACAAGAUGAUCAAUGUUAUUCACUUCAUCUGUCAGUGGUCAGUGCUCCAGCACUUCAAACUACGGUCAUGCCAGUUGCCAUCUACUGUGGGCAAUACACUGACUAUGGUUAACUACCUCACACAACACCACUUAAAAAAAAAUCCAAACUAUUCCUUUAAGGUCAGUUUCCCCACCCCUCCUAACACACACACACACACACACACACACACACACACACACAUCGUGUAACAAAACUCAAUCCAACAUGACUGUCUGAGUGUCAUAAUUGCUGGUCUGACCUCAGCUAAGCCCACCAACACCCACCAAUCAGUGAGCAGUUUCUCAGCUAUGACAUCAUCUCAGCUAUAUGUAAACAUGUUUUUCAGGAUUACUGUAACAAACAUCACAUAUGCUGACAUUUUCUGCCUGUGGAGAACACACGUCUCUGAAACUGUCCCUAAAACCUCAGUAGGCGGCUUGUUGCAGCUGGUUUUGUGACACGCCUCUUUCUUUAAAAAAACUACUACAUACCUUCCAAAGGCCAAAACCUUUCUGAAGCCUAUCCUUUAAAUAUUUCUUUCUUGAAUCAAUUUUAACAUACAUUCCUGCAUUAAUGUCGAUUUUGUUCCAAGUAGAGACACAAUGUUGGAUUUUAGCUGAGUAGAUUUGACUUUUUGAGAGCAUGGAGUAAACAUUCCCAGCUUCCAGGCUGUGAUGCAUGAGGAAGUGUAUUUGCUGUGUGAAUUAGAUCCAGUCGGCCCCCACGUGAGAUAUUUGCAUGUGCAGAAAUAACGUCAUCACGACACAUACUCACCCAUGCUGGGCAGCUGCAGCCAAAAUCUGUCGCUAUUAGCUAAGUGCUGGCCAGCAUUUUCAUGGAUAUUACUCACAUGGUCAGGAACAUUUUAACGCUACUUAACCUAAAUGUAUUGAAUUUCACUGUUGUCUUAAAGUUGUGUGAGAGUGUUGUGGUGUCAGCAUGAGACUGUCUUGUGCCAGGGUGAUUCACCAUAUUGAUAAUAUUUCUGUUUCGUUGUAUUUGGAUGAACUGACUUGGGAGACGAUGCUGAACAGUUUAAGAAGAUGUUACUGAGACGGUGAUGUUGUGUUUGUAAAGAUUUUAUUAUGGGAGCAAAAUUAUUUCCUGUGCCAUCACAAGCAAAGCUCUAACACUUGAAUUAGGACAGUUGCCUAUUAUUUAUUUUCUUCUCAACAACCCUUGCUGGAUGUGUGAACAAAACUCAACUGUUCUGUAUUUAUUGCUUUGGGACACAAUUUGGAUCAUGACCAUCAUGCUGAGAUUUUCUUUUCGGAGGAUGCUGAAGAAUUUCACAAGUAUAAGGAGUUUUUUUUUUUUUUUUAUCAUAGCGGCCAGUGCAACAAUACUGAAGAGGCGUCUUUGAUAGUAUUUUAGAUUUUACUGUUCCUAAUUCUGUGGUGUCAGUGAUGGAGCUGUAAUUCUGUAUCUAGAAUGGUACGUGUACUUGUGACUACAUGGUCAGAGUUUUUAAUGUGAAAGGUCAAACAAUGUGGGAUCAUGGCUGCUGUCCUUCCUGCUACGAACAAGACUCAUAUUGAUUUUAAAGGAAAACUUCUACCCCAAAUGAACAUUUGUAUAUCAGUUACUCACCCUGUGUUAAGUUGAAUUUGUAAGGAAAUCUUUGUUUUUCUUGCAUGUGGUCACGAUGAACAAAGAAUCCAAAAACUGAGAAAAUUCUUGACGAACUGAAGUCAUAGGGGUCCACGUUCUUGACAGCAAAACUAUUUCAAAACAUCUGUUUACAUACUCUCAUUCAACUCAUGCAGUACAAUCUUAAUCCAGUCUAAGCAGCAACCUCAGGGGCUGGAAAAUGAAGCAAACGUAGAAGUGCUAGAAACUGCAGUUCCUCUGAUGGCCACUUGAGGCUAGCUCUUAAAGCGAGUCAGUCCCCUCAGACCCUCAUGUUAAAAAGCCCAACUUUACAGCAGAAAUAAACAUGUUGAUAGCAUGGUACAAAAAAAAAAGGUUUGGUCGCUAUAGCUAAUUUCCCCCUUCAUGACAACUGCAAGGAGGGGGCCCAGAGUCACUCAUAAUUAAGGGCAUGGCUGCUUUGAGUGACAGGUGGGUCCGUCCGUUGACAUGUUACUACCACGGCAACGUUGGUUAGGUAGCAUGGAGUAACCCAGAUUAACAAAUUUGUUAUUUCAGUGUGUUUCAGAUAGCUAGCUAACUGCUCACUUGGUUAGCAUGGUUCAUUUAUAGCCAUAGUUAACUGUGAUAGUGCUAAUGCUAAAGCUAAUUUUCACUAGCGAGAUAUG